AUGAUCUCCCCUCGCAUCGUCCGCCUCUCCGCCAACCGCGCCCUCGCCGCCCGCCCAUACGCAGGCACGUCCGCGCGCUACCUCCACAGCACGACCAUCGCGCGUAUAGGCGGCACAGAAGCACCCGGAAGGGACCCGCAGCUGUCGCAAGGGACAGUGAGGAAGGAGGAGAACCUCCACCCCGGCGACGUCCAAGACCAGGCCGCCCGUUCGGGCCAAUCGAGCGCGAACAAGUCCCCGCUCGACGCCGCGUCUGGAGCGAAGGGAAAGAAAGCAAGCCAGGAGGGUUUCUCUGGCAACCAAGAGGGUGUCGGGUUUGCCGAGCAGGUCGGCGGCGCGAGCUCUAGUGGUCAGCGGAACGCAGGGGAGGGCGCCGGCGGGAAGGAGGAGGCAACGCCACCGGGGUUCCUCGAUGCCGUGAAGAGUACGCUCGGCUUUAAGACGACGAGCGGGGAGGUGAAGCAGAACCGUGAUGGCGGAGAAGGAGUCACGGGGACAGGGACGUUUGCUGGGCUGAAGGGCGAGCAGAAACAGAACAAGCACGGCGGAAGGGGUUUCCACACCAGUGCGCGGACGGCGAUGGCGGCGGAUACGACCACGGCGGGCCAGGCGCCCGACGCGAGCAGGCAGCCGAAGGACCGUACGUACGCUGAGCAAAAUGAACACUUGAAACACCGGGAGGCUGAUUCGUCCCGGGAAUCGAAAGGCAAGGGGAAUGCUGCGGAGAAGCCCAGCUUGCCAUCUCACAAAUUUGAUGACAAGGUGUCCUCGAGCCAGCAACGCUCCUUCCAUACCUCCGCGCGUCGUCCCGAACAGAAGCAUACGGCCGAGUCGUACUUCAAAGACGUGGACGACUCGCCCCCGCAAUCAUCCAAAACGCACCAAGUCGACUCGAGCGACAACAAACUGGUGACGCCGAACGAACUGGAGCCGGGCGAGUCCUCCGAUAAAGGUUCGCAGACCAAGGAGUACCAAACUGCCGACAAGGACGAGCCGUAUGACGUUCCGGGCAAGAACGAGGAGCAGAAGCUGAAGUAUGGCGGCACGAGCAGGGAGAAGCCGCAUGCAGGUGAAGGGAACACCAUCAGCAAGCCGGGAUCCGGGCCCCAGGGAGACACUGCUGGGGGCCACCGUCCAGAGCGCAACUGA